AUGCUGCGGCAGGCACGGAAGGAGGAGGACAAGCUCAACAAGAAUCUUCUCAAAGCCAUCGAGAGCCAGGAUGUUCCCUUCGUGAAGUGGCUCUUGGAGCAGAAAGCCGACCCCGGCCGCCCCUCAAGCUCUUGGGCCUGGGGCCUGGCACUGCACCGCCGAGCGCUCCAGGAUGCAAUGGUCACCCCCCUGCACCUGGCCGCCGAGCACUGCGACGCCGCCGCCGUGCAGCAGCUGCUGCGCUGCGGUGCGCCCACCGAAGCGAGGGCAGAAGGCGGUACCGCGCUGAAGGCGGUGGCCGUACCGCGCGUGUUGGGCGCAGGUGGGCGCCCGUGCGCCGCGGUGGCGGAGGAGCUGCUGCAGCACGGGGCCAACGUGAGCGCUCGGGAUAUUUUUGGGCGCACCGCGCUUGAGGUGGCGCUUCAGGAAUCUAACACUGCGGUGGCCGAGGUGCUGAAGAAGUAUGGAGCAGUAGAGUGA